UACAUACUGCCCUCAAAGCUGACAGUAUCCGACCUUAAGAAACAUAUCAGAGUGUGUGUGUGUGUGUGUGUGUGUGUGUGUGUGUGUGUGUGUGUGUGUGUGUGUGUGUGUGUGUGUGUCAGGGAAGAUGAGGUGAGAAGUGUAUUCACACUAUGCCGGCGUGUCUGUCAGACAUUAGUGACGGGAUAUCUAUACUGCUUAUGAUCGUUCUCUCGACAUCAUUCAUAAAGACCUGCAGGAACUGGAGAAAUGGGUUUAAUGGAAGUGUGCACAUGUUGUUCUUUAAUCUUUUAAGCAGACAUCUGAUAGUGACACAGUGAUGAAGGAGCUUUGAGGAAGAGAGAUUAGGAAGGGAAGAACCUGAAAUACUGCAGAGGAAGUCAUUGAAAACUCUUGCCUAAAUCCAGACCGAUGUUGUCUCCAGAGCAGGAGCUUCUGAGCUCUUCAAAGCCCAUCAAAUACGGAGAGCUCCUCAUCCUCGGUCACAAUGGCUCGCUCCCAAAUGGAGACCGAGGCAGGAGAAGGAGUCGUUUCGCUCUGUUUAAGAGACCCAAAGCCAACGGAGUCAAACCCAGCACUGUCCACACCGCAUGCAGUCCACAGGUCGCCAAGGCCAUUAGCAACAAAGACCAGCACAGCGUCUCCUACACACUAUCAAGGGCGCAGACGGUUGUCGUGGAGUACACACACGACAGCACGACAGACAUGUUUCAGAUCGGCCGGUCCACUGAAAGCCCCAUUGAUUUCGUGGUGAUGGACACUGUACCUGGUUGUCACUCUCACAGCGACACUCUGUCAUCUCAGAGCACUAUAUCGCGGUUCGCCUUCCGGAUCGUGUGUCAGAGAGAGCCGCCCUACACUGCUCGCAUCUACGCUGCCGGCUUUGACUCGUCCAAAAGCAUCUUUCUGGGGGAGAAAGCAGCUAAAUGGUGGUGUGCCGAUGGACAGAUGGAUGGACUGACCACGAACGGCGUGUUAGUGAUGCGUCCAGGACACGGCUUCACCUGCGAGUCCAAACCGGGAAGCUGGAGAGAAAUCUCCGUCUGCGGAAACGUCUUCACGCUCCGAGACACACGCUCCACUCAGAAACCCGGCAAAACGGUUGAAAAUGAGUGUCAGGAGUUGGUCGAUGGCUCUUUAAUCGACCUUUGUGGCGCGACUCUGUUGUGGCGCUCUGUGGAAGGCCUCGCCCGCACUCCCACCAUCAAACACCUGGAGGCGCUGCGAAGGGAGCUGAACGCCGCGCGGCCGCAGUGUCCCAUUGGACUCCACACACUGACGUUCCCCAGUUUAGACCACUCAAUUAGGGGUUACGCCCACGAAGACCAGCCCUGGGCGUAUCUUCACUGCGGACACGUGCACGGGUACCACAGCUGGAGGGGGCGCCGGAGAGUCACGAAGGAAGGAUCGACAGAAGAAGAGGAUGACGGGUGCGAGACGAAAGCAGGGAUGGAACUAUUGAAGGAGGGAGAGAGAGAGUGUCCGUUGUGUCAUACGCGCGGUUUGUACGUCCCGUUGAAGCUGGGACGUGAGUCGGGCUUCUAUCUGGACCCGGCGCCUCCGACGCACGCUUUCAACCCGUGUGGACACGUGUGUUCAGAACGAACGGCCUCGUUUUGGAGUAAACUGCCGCUACCGCACGGAGCUUACGGUUUUUACACAGCAUGUCCGUUCUGCAUGAGGCCACUCGCUCGAGACAGGAAAUACGUGAGACUGAUCUUUCAGGGACUGUUGGACUGAGUGUGUGUGUUUGUUUGUGUAAGUGGAUAGUCCACCUAAAAAACAUCAUUUACUCACCCUCAUGUUGUUCCAAACAUGUAUGACUUUCAUCGAAUAAAAGUGACUGAGACUUAGCAUCAUGUCUAACAACUCCUUUUGUGUUCCACAAAAUAUAAGUCAAAUGGGUUUGGAACAACAUGAGGGUGAGUAAAUGAUGACAGAAUGUUUUUUUUUGGGUGGACUAUCCCUUUAAGACUCCAUUGGACUUGCUCUGCUGAGCACAAAAGUGCCAACCCACAUAUUUAUCGCUCUGUUUUUCUCCCACAAGCCAUCUGUUCUCUGCACCGCAGCUUCGACCCUCUCUGAUUGGACGGAGCGAAACGUUCGCUUUACACUACAAAGUGACUGAGGUGUCCUGACCCGUUCACUCGCCUCUCAAUUAAAAAUAAUACACAUUCAGUCAGGAAUCUGUGCUAGUACAAUCAAAAGCGUUUUCACUAAAUGUUUAAGUGUGUUUACUAACGAGUAAAACUAUUCACAUGUUUCCUGAAUUGUUCUUUUGAAUUAAUGAGCGCUUGUUAUUUCAAACUGCAAACGAUUCUUUUAAUGAUAUUAUAUUAUUUUAUAUUACACUCGACAAAUAUAUGAUAAGAUUGACAUUUCAGAUUAAAAUUCCAUCAAAUUGAAUCGAGUCAUCUUAAAAAAAAUAAAUAAAUACAUUUGACGUUUUAUUACUUUAAUUUAGUUAAAUAUGACUCAAUUCAAUUUCAUGGAUUUUAUUAUGAAAUUUUAAUGUGUAAAUAUUAAAAUAUUUUUUGAGUGUUU